UAGGGUUUAGUUUUAACAUACUAAUACUAGUUUUUAUUUUCCGUUUCUAAAUUUAAAAUAACGUAGUUAUUCUGGAAAGUGGUGUUUUUUACAGUAGGCCCAUAGAAAUUGCAUAUUUAUUAAGGCAAAGAGAUACCCUGAUCAAGAUGAGGUGCAGUCUCCCAUAGGUGUGCCCCCAGGCCAUAGGGUUUCACACUCCUUGGGCUUUCCUUUGGGCAUUUUCUGAAGAGAACUCAUCUUGGUAAAAUUUUGCACCAGCCCUCUACCAAUUCAACAUGGGCUUCUAGCUGGUCUAUGUUUGGAGAUGAAAGGUGACUGGCUGUGGCUGUUGAGCAGAGAUGGAGCCAUCUGAAGACGAAGAUAAAGAACUCCAGAAAGUAUCUCCACCUCCACUUUUGAAAUCCAUAUCAAGAGUAUCACAAGAUGAGAAUAUUGCAUGGUAUCAUGGAAAGAUUACAAGAGAUGCUGCAGAACACAUUCUGGCUAUCAAUGGGGGCGUUGAAGGUCAAUUCUUAGUUCGAGACAGCACCACAGCUGUGGGUGAUUAUGUUCUUAGCCUUAUAAGUCAUGGUCAACCUAUUCAUUAUCAAAUUCGUCACCAUGGUGAAGAUGCCUUCUUUAGCAUUGAUGAAGGGCCUGUAAUGCAUGGCUUGGAAGUUUUAAUUGAUUAUUACCAGAAGAAGGCAGAUGGACUUGUGACUCAACUUCGUGUUAUGUGUAAAGCCCAACCUCCUCCUCCAGAUACCAGACAACAUGGCCGGAGUAAUUUGUUACAUAGAGCCACACAGGAAGGGGAUGUGAUGGUGGUUGGAGAGUUACUAAAAUCAUGCUAUCGAAGCUUAGAUGCUAAAAACCAAGAAGGACAGAGUGCUAUGCAUUUAGCCUGUAUCAAUGGAAACAAUGAAAUUCUUGACAUGCUGUUGGAUGCUGGUGCUAACGUCAACAUCAAAGAUGCCAAAGGUCUCACUCCAUUACAUUAUGCUUGUCGUCUUAAUCAUGCUUCCACUGCCAAGUUGCUGAUUGAAGAAGGAGGUGCCAAUGUUCAGUGCCGAGCUAUUGAAAAUGGCUGGGUGCCUUUGCAUGAAGCAGCAAACAGUGGCCAUUUAACAGUGAUUCAGGUACUGCUUGAAGUUGGAGCACCCUGUUAUCCACGAUCUAAUGAUAAUGAAACACCAUUAGAAGUGGCCUUAAGAAAUGGGCACCUAGACUGUGUCCGUUUUCUUGAGAACUACACACCAUAUGCACCAACAACUUCCCGAUCAGAAUGGUUUCAUCCUAACUUGGAUCGAGAAAUGGCCACAAACAUGCUACAAAAUAAAGGUUCUAAUGAUGGGGUUUUUCUAGUGCGGAAAAGCAAACGAAAACCAGGUGUUUAUGUAUUAUCUAUGAUGUGCAAUUCACAAGUUUUUCACUAUGAAAUACAACGAAAGGGCUUGUUUUAUUUUAUUGAUGGAGGCCCAUACCUGGAGUCAUUAGAGCAUGUGGUGGAACACUACAAAAGAAUGACAGAUGGAUUGCCUUAUCAACUAGUCUGUCCUGUUCCACCUAGUGUAACAGAAAAUAAUAAUUCUCAUGUCAUAAAUGAACAGCAAGCUGACGUUAGCAUUAAAUACAGCCCAAGUGAGAUCACUCAUUUACAAACACCAUUAAGACGUACAAGUAAUCGACUUUCAUCACUACCUAACUUAAUUAGAAGGGAUUCCUUAAAAUUAAUAGGUUCACCAAUAGGAGAGGGAGAAUUUGGUUCAGUUUUACAAGGGAUAUGGCACAGUUCCUCGAACAAAGAGCGACAUGUAGCAGUGAAAACUUUGCGUGAUGAACAUAUUCACAGUGGACGGGAAGAGUUUAUUCGGGAAGUAGAAGUGAUGGUUGGCUUAAGUCAUCCGUGUAUCGUGAGACUAUUGGGUGUUUGUUUAGGUCCACCUCUGAUGAUGAUUCAAGAAUUAGUGCCUAUGGGAUCUAUGUUGGACUUUUUGCUGGACUAUCCUACAGAAGUAAAUACAGAAAUGGAACUGAUAUUGUGGGCUGGACAGAUAUCCAGUGGUAUGAAAUACCUGGAAAAAAAGCACUUUGUUCACCGGGAUCUUGCGGCACGUAACAUUCUCCUGGCCUCUAAACAACAGAUAAAGAUAACUGAUUUUGGACUUUCCCGAGCUUUGCGAUCAGAAAAUGACUAUUAUACUGCUUCUACAGGAGGGAAAUGGCCAGUGAAAUGGUAUGCCCCAGAAUCAAUAAUGUAUGGAACAUUCUCUAAUAAAAGUGACGUUUGGAGUUAUGGAGUCACAUUGUGGGAGAUGUUUUCAUUUGGAGCCAAUCCAUAUGAUAAUAUGACAGGCUCUGAGGUGUUACAGUUGCUUAAUAAAGGAGAACGUUUGCCCAAACCAGAAAAGUGUCCUCAUAGUAUAUUCUCCAUUAUGCAGCAGUGCUGGGCCACUCUCUCUUCAGACAGGCCAUCUUUUAGUCUAUUGUACAAGAACUUUAUCACAAAUGAUGAAUAUUCUGCUAUUCGUGACUUGAUUUUGGUUUGUGAUGUGGAACCAAUCACUGUAUAGAAUUCCAGCAUGUUGUGCCUGUGAUAUUCAGCUUCUUGAAAUGUAUUGAUGAGAAAAGUUCCUGCUGCUUUAUGUCCUUUAACCAUCAGAACUUUUGAUGGCAUACUCAAGGAAUUCAUCAAAACAUAAGUAUAGUAAGAUUAGCAUUAUUGAAGAAUGAAAUGCUAAAGAACCUUGAUCUCAGCCAUCAAAGUGAUCUGUCCAUGUUGUGUGUUUUAUAUCAGGUUGUAACUGUGUAACAUUAUCCAUAUGUUACUUCUACAAUAUGUGUGCCUUAUUCUCCAAAUCAUACUAGCUUGCACAGUUGUGAAUAAUAUAUAUAUUAUGUGUAUACAAUUUUUAUUAAAGUUAAGAGGCUACAAUCUUGAUUUAAAAAGUUGUGUAAAUUUUGACACUGUAUACAAAAGUCAUUUUUUUCUUUGUUGCUGUUGUGUUUCUCUCACUCCUUAUUGGUAGGUGAUUGAUGAUAGUUUUAUACCUUUCUAAAUGCCUUUAAAUGUAAAAAACUGAUGUCAUCUUUAAAGCAGUUUUAAAGAAAGAAUUUUCAAUACAACUUGUAUGUUCUCAAAGCUGUUUUUCAAAAUUCUGCAGCAAUGCAUAGAUAAACCAUGAAUAGCAUGUCCAGAAACAACUUGGUUCUCACUGAAAGUGUAAUGCUUCAUGAACAACAUUUAAGUACACUUAUGUAAAUGUUAUUUCUGCAUGAAAAGACCACAGCUUAAAAGGUCAGGUUAUUUAAACACACACAAAAAACUAACUGAACAGAAUUAGAUCAUCAUGAGCUCCUAACAGGUACAAAAAUGUGGGAGAAAUAAGAUAAAUUAUUUCUAAGUCAUUUAAAUAAGGGAAGGUCUCUGAAUAUCAUAGAAUAUUUUUUAAAAAGUCUCAGGUAUUGACAAGAAUUAUAAAUCACAACUUCAGGUUAUUAAUACAGAAGCAGUCUGAUAUUUUGUUUUAUUAUAUUAAAAACGAAAUACAAGAUCAUUUUUGCUUUACAACAUGACAGGGUAUAUAAGGAAACAUAAAUUACUGUGGGUUUACUUACAGAUUGAAUUUAUUUUAUUUUUUAUGCUUCUGUUUAAGUUCCAUGUGUGACAUGGAUACUAUAAGUAGGAAGUCAGUAAAUAGUGUACAUUGUUUAAUACUCAUUGAUAAAUAUGAAACUUGAAAUUUGCAAAUAUUGUUACUUUAACAGACUUACAUUUUUCUGUAUGAAUGCUCAGUUGAUUUUUUUAAAUAUUUUACAUAUGCUGAACAUCAUGCUUCAAUUACAAUUAAGUUUUACAACUCUGCAAUAUAUUUUUAAUUUAUCAGAUGCAAUUACACAGUGACAUAAAAUUUUGUAAUAUCACUGCUGUGAUCUUGUGACAAAAACCAUAAACAAUUAAACAGGAUUAAUGCAUUGCUGAUGACAUGCACUGUAAUAGCCUAAAUUUAUAAGUGUACAUACUUCUACAUAUUUGCUGUAAUUCCUAUGUCUUAUUUUGUGAGUUAUAAUUCUUAUAAACAUCUCAUGUUCAACAAUCAGCAGUUGGCAGUUGCUAGUCAAUUUUUUUUGUUUGCCUCUAAAUUUCGUUUUGACUGGCAACUACUCAAUAAUUGAAAUUGCCAUAUACUUUAUAAUAAAACUUGUUUGUAACUUAAAAUGUUCCAUUUAUCUAUGGUUUAUGAUGUUUUAGAAACUAAUUCUUAUACCACGAUGUAGUGAGUCUUGACAAUGUAUGUGAAAAAUUGUGUUUAAAGUGAAGCAUUAAGCAUGAUUCCUUACUGUACCUUUGAUUUAUUUGCCAUCAAUAUAGCACUGUGUCUGCUGAAUUCUUGUCAAAUAUUAGUUAAGCUAGUGACCUAGAUGCAUGAUUCAGCUGUAUUCUUUUUUUCCAUACUUAUUUCCAUAAACAAUUAUUUUAAAAUCAGAACUUAAAUCACAGUUUUCCUAACGGUUCAUAAAUGAUUUAAAAAUAAAAUUCAGAUUAAUUAAAUAUACAUCAGUACACAAAUAUUUCACCUAUAAACACGUAACAUACUGAACCAAAAUCAUGGAAAAUGAUUUAGUUGUAGUAAACAUUAUGAAGUUUAUGUAUACUUGAUGCACUUAUUCAAGCAGGGAUUAUGUUGUGGGUUAAAAAGUACCACAUCUCACUGUAAUCUGUACUUUGCAUAGAAAAGAUUAAAAUAUUUGAAAGGAACAUACAUAUUUUUCAUGCCAUGCUACUAAGAUCAAGUCUUUUUGUAAUAAAAUAACAUUAUCAUAAGUUUGUCUUAGAAAUGCACAGUUCAUGCCAAAAAAAAUAGAAAUGUUAAUAUUUGUUGCUCAUUUUUUAGUGUUUUAUUUGUUUUUAUUGUAAUUAUUCUUUUGAAGUUCAUUACUGUGUGUUUUACAGAAGUUAUAGCUGUAUAUCUUGGCUGUCUGUGAUAUGGCAGACAGUUUAGUGUUUGCUUAUAGUGACUUAUAUCUCAAACUACUACUUCCUUGAAGUUGUGUCAGUGAUGAUGGUGUAAUAUUCUGCAUGGUAAAAGUAAUUAUUUCAUCAAACAAAUCUUGUCUGUUAGAUAUAAGAAACUUUUGUUGAGAAAUAUUGAAUAAUCUACAACUUCAGAUAUCAAAUAGACAAAUUGUGAGAUCAUUUAUCAAUAGCUUGGAAACUGUUGUAGUAAGAUAGACGUGUUGGUGAUGGUGUUUCAUAAGAUGACAGUUGUGUCACUAUAAAUGUUUGUAUGCUAUAAUCCAUUCUAAGAUACUUCAAAGAGAAAAUCCAGGUGCUUCAUUUUCUGCUUAUGAUGUGAACUUGUAUGAUACAGAAUAAUUCACAUAUUCUGUGAUCAUCUCAAAACCAGUUCAUGAUAAUGAAACUUCAAGCUUUCCAAAACUUAUUCUUUUAACAAAUCCUGGUGUGUAUAUGUUCAUGAAACUUUGUAUCUCAGUGGUGCAUUAAUUGUGUUAUAGAAUAAAUAUGAUAUGACAGAUGACUUUUUUGAUAGUAUUAAUGUAAAAUACAGUUGGAUUUAGUUAUUAAUAACUUAACAUCUUAUGCAAGACAAAAGCUGCAUGAAAAUAAGAAAAAAAACAUUUAGCUUUGUAAAACAAAUAGUGAAGUAGGUAUGACUUGAAUAAUUAGAGAGCUUCUAUAAUGUUCAUUUGGUAUAGAAUUUUAUUUAUACAUUUUUUCCUCAGGACUAAUGUGCAUUAAUUUCAUGUGUUUUAGUUAUCUUAUUUUUUUACAUAUCUAAGAAAACAUUUUACAUAAUUAAUGUACCUACUUGCUUGCUCAGAGGAUUCUGAAAUUUUUUCAAUGUAUUUUAAUGUUAGUUUUAGUGUAAGGCUGUUAUGGAAAAUAAGCUCAGUCUGCAUCUGAAAUGUAUGCAGACUUUAAUCCUUAGCCCCAUUAAAAAAAAAAUCACCUUUUGGGAGGGGGUGGGGGGUGGGAGUAGUUUCUUUAUUAAUAUAACUUCAAACUUUCUUCAGAUUUAAAACUUGUCACCCUAUAUUUGUUUGUAUUGAAACAGAGACUAAGAAUGGUUAUAUUCUUAUAUUGAAUCAGCUACCAAAAUGGUUUAUGUAUUCAAAGGAAUCUGAUUGGCUUUUAUUUAUUGAUGGUUGUUAAAUGCAUGUUUUAUUACUUAGUUUGAUUCCUGGAAAUAAAAAUGUAGCAUUGUAA